AUGGGUUUAAAUGAUAAGAUUGAGGGAUCUAAUGGUGGUUGUGAAGAACCUAGGGUUUCAUGUCCUCCUGAUAAGACUAAGAUUAGUGAAGAGAAACCUAGGAGAUUGUCGGAGAGUUCGUUGCCUGAUGUGUCUAGUAGUAUUAAGCCUUUGAAAUUUGGUUCUGCUUCUGCUAAGUUCAAGAGAAUGACAGAGGAAAGAGAUGAGGUUUCACGGUCAGUGAACAGCUCAAGUAGUCACAAUUUCCGGGAAAGAAUCAGUGUGGUGUUUUCCCGGAAAAUAGAGUGGGGUUGCUUGAUGAGAAUGGGUAAGGAAUGGCUUAGAAACCCUUUUAACAUGGCUCUUUUCUUGUGGAUCUUUGUGGUUGCUGUCUCUGGUGCUAUUCUAUUCAUGGUUAUGACCGGUAUGUUGAACAGUGUUUUGCUCAAGAAAUCACAGAGAGAUGUUUGGUUUGAAGUUAACAAUCAAAUCCUCAACGCGUUGUUUACUCUGAUGUGUUUGUAUCAACACCCGAAACGGUUUUACCACCUCGUGCUUCUUUUUAGAUGGAAGCAAGAGGAUGUUACAAAGCUUAGGAAGAUAUACUGCGAGAAGGGGACUUACAAGCCAAAUGAAUGGAAACACAUGAUGGUUGUUGUUCUUUUGCUUCACUUAAACUGUUUUGCUCAGUACGCGCUAUGCGGUCUUAACUUAGGAUACAGAAGAUCCGAGAGACCUGCCAUUGGUGUAGCUAUAUGCAUAUCUGUUGCGAUAGCAGCUCCUGCGGUUGCAGGUUUGUACACUAUCCUUAGUCCACUUGGGAAAGAUUAUGAUCCUCAAGGAGACGAGGAGAAUCAAGUGGAGGUUGUGGAAGAAGGAUCGGUUAGUAGUAAUCGCAAGUUAUCUCUCGAGAGAAGAUAUUCGUUUGCUUCUACGGAUGUGAGUAAUCCUGAAUGGAGCGGUGGAAUUCUUGAUAUAUGGGAAGACAUAUCAUUGGCUUAUCUCUCUCUGUUCUGCACUUUCUGUGUGUUUGGUUGGAACAUGGAGAGGAUUGGGUUUGGGAACAUGUAUGUUCACAUUGCGACUUUUAUUCUCUUCUGUUUGGCUCCUUUCUUUAUAUUCAACUUGGCUGCUAUAAACAUCGAUAACGAGAUGAUAAGGGAAGGGCUUGGAUAUACCGGAAUUGUGCUUUGUUUGUUUGGUUUGCUCUAUGGUGGUUUUUGGAGAAUACAGAUGAGGAAAAGAUUCAAGUUACCGAGUUAUAACUUCUGUUGCGGAAGACCCUCUAUUGCUGAUUGUACACUAUGGUUAUUCUGUUGCUGGUGCUCUUUAGCUCAAGAAGUCCGGACUGCGAAUUCUUAUGAAAUAGUGGAAGAUAAAUUCUGCAAAAGAAGAGAAGAUUUGGCAUCUCCAUUGCCGCAUGAAGACGGUGUGUUUGAUCCGAGUAGCUCGCCUGAGAAGAUGACCACGACGAUGGCUAGUUCUUCUCUUAGCUCGAGCAGACCAUUGGGAGAUAAAAGUGAUGAAGCUCUAAGUCCACCUUCUCCUCCAUUCAUACACAGAGAAGCUAAGCUAGUUAGUACUUAG